AUGGCACAGCAGCAGAACGACGCCACCAUCACCGAUGCCGAGCGCGCCUACGGAUGUGGCAGCUGUGGCGGGGGCUCCCUCUCGCUCGUGGCCCCCGUCGUCCCGCUCGACUCCCAGCCCACGGGACCCAUCGAUGUCAACCAGGCUUUCUCGUCGGUGUGGCUCGGCUCCGCCCAGAACAUACCCGGUGACGGCAUCUACGCGCCCAUCCUGGCCUGGUCCUCGACCGGCAGCCCGAACCUCGCCGCCGGCCCCGUCGUCGUGACCACCGGCAAGUACAUGGUGGCCUUUGCCUCGCAGUCGGCGCCACCGUCACCUUCGCCGCGUCGGCGCUCCAUCCAGAUCGUGCUCAAGCGCGGCGCCACGCCCUAUGUGAUCGCGCAGGACACCAAGCAGCCGUCGGCCAACUCGGCGAUCCCCAUGGUCCUCCACGCGCAGACCCUCGGCAACUUCAUCGCCGGUGACGAGAUCUGGGUGCAGGCCGCGCAGACCAGCACCGUCGCCCUCCCGCUGGCCGUCGGCGUGGCCACCAAGUUCCACGUUCAGCCCCGUAACGGAGCCUCCACUGCCUAA